AAUCAGUCGGCGUCAUACGCAAAAACUGUCGUAAUUAGUAAUUGUCAUUGGAAACCAAACUUAGAAAGCGAAAAAACGAGCACUAUAAAUGAACCCACCAUGAAUUUCAAUCACAGCUCAGCCAGAGACCACGCCCACGCCACCACACACUCUCACUACAUCCCCAACCGCACACUCCUUCCAUUCCUCCCAUCUUCAAUUCUUUCUUCUUCCUCUUCUUCUUCCAAUCACUGCUUCAUAAUAUUCCAUGGCCUUUCCAGAUAUUUCUCAGCUUCUUAUUUUCUUUUUCUUCAUCAUUCAAAUUCAAUUCCACAUCUCUUGGUGUUCGCCGGCGGCAACUGUUAUAUUACCCCUCAAAACUCAGGCAAUUCCGUCCAAGUACUCCCGGAGACCCGUCCCGAAACCGUCCAGCAACAAGCUAGCCUUCCACCACAACGUCACCUUGACGGUGUCCCUCACCGUGGGCACGCCGCCGCAGCCGGUGACCAUGGUGCUCGACACCGGCAGCGAACUCUCGUGGCUUCAUUGCAAAAAGUACGACCGCAACCUUACCUUCAUUUUCAACCCCUCUCGCUCCUCUUCUUACUCUACUUUCUCCUGUUCCUCCCCCACUUGCACGACCCGGACCAAAGACUUCACCACGCCCGCUUCCUGCGGCCCGAAUAAGCGCUGCCACGCCACGCUCUCCUACGCCGACGCAUCCUCCACCGAGGGUACCCUCGCCGCCGACACCUUCCGCAUCGGAACAUCGGCGCUGCCCAGCACGGUCUUCGGAUGCAUGGACUCGGGUACAAGUAGCAACAUCGAAGAGGAUUCGAAGACAACCGGGUUGAUGGGCAUGAACCGCGGAUCCUUAUCCUUCGUUACCCAAAUGGGUUUCAAGAAGUUCUCGUACUGCAUAUCGGGUCGGGACUCCUCCGGCGUUUUGCUUUUCGGGGACGCAAGCUUCAAGUGGCUCAGGCCACUGAACUACACCCCGCUGUUUCAGAUGUCCACUCCGUUGCCCUACUUCAACCGGGUGGCCUACACGGUUCAUCUGGAGGCGAUCAAGGUGUCGGGCAAACCGCUCCGAAUCUCGAAGUCUCUGCUGGAGCCGGACCACACCGGGGCGGGUCAGACGAUGGUCGACUCGGGAACGCAGUUCACGUUCCUGCUGGGCCCGGUUUACGAGGCGUUGAAGAACGAGUUCGCGAACCACGUGAACCGAACGAACCGGGUACUGAAACCCCUGGGAGAACCCAACUUCAUUUUCCAAGGGGCCAUGGACCUGUGCUACCGGGCGCGAAAGAAAAUACGCGAUCUGAGGCCGUUGCCCGCCGUGACGCUAGCUUUUCGGGGGGCAGAAAUCACCGUGUCGGGGAAGAGGUUAUUGUACCGGGUCCCGGGUCAGGACAGAGGAUCCGACUCGGUACACUGCUUCACGUUUGGGAAUUCGGAGCUGCUGGGCAUAGAGGCGUACUUGAUCGGAAACCAUCACCAGCAGAACGUGUGGCUGGAGUACGAUCUAGCAAACUCCCGCGUCGGGUUUGCAGAGGUUAGGUGCGACAUCGCGAGUCAACGGCUAGGCCUAGGCAUGUAGGAAAGAAAUGUUCGGGUGUAUCUGUAAUCUGGGCUCUCACUGUUACAAUUGCCCAAUCCAUGGUCUACGAGCGAGAGAUGGCUGGCUCAUCUGAUCGGAGGGGCGUGGCCGUGGGGCGGUUGAAGGGGUAAAAUAGUAAAUAUGACACGGCUGUAGAUGUUAGAACUAUAUCUUUAAUUUAAGACAUUAAAUAUUUUAAUUUUGGGUAUGUGUGUUGGAAAAAUAUCUUCUGCGAAUCGUUGUGCCUGCUGCGACGGACAACAAGUGGGCUUCUAGAGUCGUCUUUUCUGUUUCCUCGUUUCGUUUGUCGUAAAAUUAUAGAGAUUUUCGUUAAUUAAGGCUUAAUUUCACUUUGUCUGCCUUAAAAGGGUCAUUCUCGGUGUCUCCACGAAAAAUAUAUUUAAAUGGAUUAUUAUUAUUAUUAUUAU